ACUCUUUCGCUUGCCAGCGUCUCCGCCUGGAGGAAGUGGCGCUCGCGUCGCUCGUCGACGUCUCGCGGCGUCGGGCCUCAGUUGGCGCCCGUCGCGGCUAGAGACAUGUCUUUGUGUGACUGUGGUUCGUGCACGACACUAUUUUGAUUUUAUGAGGCGGUGGCAGUGAUGGCAUAGCAGUGCCAGGGGCGCGGGUCAAAGAGCAUGGCCAGAGUGCGGGUGGUCAGAUGGACUUGCUGGCUUGUGCUGAUUGGACUGUGCGCUCUGGCCACAUGCGAGGUGCAACAGCAAUGCCCGCCAAGGGCCGAGAUAUCGCCCUGCUCCUGUCAGGUGAAGAAGAAUGGCCUGGACAUCCUCUGCGAGUUCACGGACCAACAGCACAUCAACCAAGCCAUGGGCGUGCUCAAGGGGAAGUCCCUGGUGAUCUUCUACCUGAAACUUAGGCACAACAACCUGCGCAAGCUACCCGGUUUCGUGUUCCUCGGUCUGGACAUCCGGCACCUCACCAUACACAAUAGUAGCUUGUCCGUUGUUGAAGAGGCUUCAUUAAGUAGUAUAGGUAAAAUGCUUACCCAGUUAGACGUAUCACAGAAUGGAUUGACUCAAGUACCAUCAGCUGCAUACAAGAAUCUCCACCAUCUGCUCAUCCUCAACAUGAACCACAACAAGAUCAACAGUUUACAUGCCAGGGCGUUCCAAGGGCUCGACACACUCGAAAUUCUCACCCUGUACGAGAACAAAAUCAACAACAUCGAUUCCGAAGCCUUUGUCGGAUUGGAAAAGAAACUGAAAAGGCUGAAUUUAGGUGGAAACGGUUUAACUUCGGUGCCGUGGAAAGCCCUCACCAUAUUGGAUAUGCUGAAAAAGCUCGAGAUGCAGGAGAAUAGGAUUUCGGAAAUUAAAGAAGGAGAUUUUGAAGGUUUGAAAAACUUGGAUUCUCUGGGUCUGGCCCACAACAAACUGCGAACGGUUCCAUCGAGAGUAUUUUCGCAUCUCACACUCUUAAAUUCCCUGGAAUUGGAUGGAAACAACAUCGACACAAUAGAUCCGGAAGCAUUUGCAGGACUCGAAGAAAACCUCCAGUACCUGCGUCUGGGAGACAACAACAUCCACACGAUCCCGACUGAGGCCCUGAAAAGGCUGCACCGCCUUCGUCAUUUGGACCUCAGGGCCAACAACAUCACCUACAUUGCCGAGGACGCGUUCGCAGGCUUCGGUGACACCAUCACCUUCUUGAAUCUGCAGAAAAAUGACAUCCGACAGUUGACCGGUUUGAUAUUCGAAAACCUCAACUCCUUGGAAACGCUUAAUCUGCAGAACAACAAACUGAUGCACGUUGGUGAGGACGUCAUGGAACCCAUCUUGGAUACUCUGCGUGUUGUUGACAUCAUGGAUAACCCGUUGCUUUGCGAGUGUGAGCUGCAAUGGUACAAAAACUGGUUGAUGGGCCUGAAGGACAAGGACGAUGAGAUGAUGCAGAAGAAGCGUACGGUGUGCAUGAUGCAGCACGAGCACCGGGAGUACAGCCUCCAGAAUCUGCCGCUGGAGAAGAUGAAGUGCGUCAUCAAGCCUCACGACACGAUUUCCAACAAUGCCGACGGCAAAAACGUGUUGGUUCCGGUCGUUAUGGCAAUGUGUUUCUGGGCAGUGAUAUACAAUUAUCCUUAGUUAUUUGUAAUUAAUACAAAGCAGUAUAACAGUUUAGACGAGUUUUUAGGCUAGUUAUUUAGAUAUUUUAUAUUUAAAGAUAUUUAAUGAAUUAGAUCUUAUCCUGUUUUGCAUCUUAGGCAUGUAACUUGCUGAUAGACGUAGUUAGUUCGACUUAGCUUCUUUGCUUCAUGAUGUUAUCUUUGUCAUACAUUCGUGGAUUGAGUCAAAUUGCAGGAUUGGUCAACAUGACUAGGUUUUUAAUGGAAAUAACCCUGCUUUAACAUCUGCAAGUGAUUGUGUCUCUUUUGCAAUAAAAACCGGCAUGUUGCCAACUGGAAUAUAAGCUCGGCAAAUACAUAUCAGUAAAUGUUAAGUAGACAAGGAAUGCUUUGACGGAUCCACCGUUCAAUAGUAAUCUAAAUGUGUCCCAUCAAAUCUGAAUGUCUUUUCUCUCUCUAUCUCUUGGUGUUAUUCAAAUGAUAUUGUAACCUUAGACAUAAUAAUAUAGGUGUUUAAGAGUUUUAGUGAAUCGUUAAGUUUGUUUACAUUUAUAUUUUUUUAAAGGAAUAUCGCACACCAAAUUCAAACGUAACAAAUCGAUAGGGACAAAAAGGCCUAUACAUAUCAAAGGUGGAUUUCAAUUAUCACAUAUCAAACGUGCCGCAUUAUAUAUUAAGGAUACUUAUGCAGAAGACGCCCACGUCCGGGGCUCUACGAUUUUGUGAGACAGGGGAACGUUACGUUCUUGGCAAAAUACUGGAGCCCCCCGAUCCCAGAGGCGUUUUCUGCUAAGGGGAGUCAACAUAAUGCAUGUUAGUGUCUAAAAUUAUUAUAUAAUAAUCCUUAAAACUUGUGAGCUUCACCACAUAUCAUUAAUUAUAAAUGUAUAAUUGUAAGAAUUAACAUUAGGAUUAGGUAAAUUUGUCAAUGAAGCACUGUUGGGUGUUCAGCUAAAUAUUUGAACCGUAUUAAAACAAUAUUCGAUUUACUUCAUGCAAUUUCUAUUUGACAGUUGCUAUACACGUACCUAAAUAUCGUUAGAAUGUUUAGUUAUAGUCGAGUCAAUUGAAACCCCAAAAAAAUAAAAAUCAACAAAAAUCCCAAAAGACAAAAAACGUUUUUGAACAAGAAUGCAUGAAGAGCAAAACAUUUCGUUGAAUCCAAAAAAAAAUUUUUGUGAUAAAAAUAUAAAAUUGAAUAUAGAUUGAUUAAGAAAUAUUGGUUAUAUUGGUUAUAUAAGCAAUACUACUCACAUUUCUGGCUGUACAGUCUAGUAACCUAAACAUAUCAUGUACCCCAAUGAGUCUAUCAACUCAGUAGGAUCACUCGUCGGGGAUGUUUUUUGUAGAUUUGUAUUAAGAGAUUGAUACUAUUGAUAAAAAAAUAGAGGAUAUUUUUGUGGGCACGUUUCAGGCGCACUGACCCACACGCAGUGUAGCCAGACCAUUUCAAGACAUAUCCGGUUGAGGUGGGACGCAGCUUCGCGUUUCUAUGUAAAUUAACAUGCAAAAAAAAUCACGCAAUAUUUUUCUAAGAUUAUAGUGUCAGGUCGUUAUCGCAUAGAAAUGCGAAGAGUCCGCCCAACCCACCCAUUUUUUACAAUUUACCAAAUAUAUGUAAAUGUAUGUAUUAACUAUUAUAUGCACCAUAUCAUUGACGAUGGUACUUCUAUGUAUUCAUUAUUAAUUAAACAUGGUUGUUGUGUACUGUGUCAUAAUAUAUUCAAGUUAUUAUAUUUAAUGUUUCCGAAAAUGUCAUAUUCUAUAUAUGUGAAAUAAAGAAAUUUAUGCUGACACUAA